UGGGACCAGUGUGGGAGAUACUGUGCAUUCAGCAGACCAUUAAAGUCUAUGCAGAUUAUCCUAUGCUCUAUUCCUAUUCAGCUGCAACAGCAAUGUGCAUGGAAGAUAAUGUAACUGAAAUGUAGCUGUUUUUAAAACCAGACAUGACUCUGUCUGCUCUAGGAAACCAGCACUGCAAAGAAUGUCCAGCAUUCAGUCAUGCUCUCAUCCAGUAAGGAAUACAUGGUGUUCCUGUGCACGCUGCAGCCUCUCUUGUCUGGCUGUUUUUAUGAAGGCUAAGGACAUCUGCAGUUGCAGAAGAGGAGUGCGGGGGCCUUGGCUGCCUCUCUGUGCUGUGUGUAAGAAGCUGCACUGCACUCACAAGCUGGUGUGUGUAACAGGAGCACUGGCAGCAUGUCCUCGGGAAAGAAUCACCAGCAUAGCCAGUAUAAUGGAACAAAAGGCCAGCAGAUGCUGUUCUCGCAGGCGUACACUCACGAACUUCAUGGGAAAAUGUGUAAGAAGAUAGCCCAGCUAACCAAGGUGAUAUAUGCAUUAAACCUCAAAGUUGACGAAUAUGAGUAUAAUAUCCUAGCUCUGAAAGAAGCCCAUCAGGAUGAACUUGAUCUUAUUUCCAAUGAGACCAAGGAGAAGUUUCUUCAUUAUGAAAGCAAAAUAGGAGAAGAGCAGCGUCUGCACCAGCGCAUCCAGAAUCUCGAGGAGUCCCUUGAGAAAAAUAACAUGAUAAAGGAGCAAACCUUGGCUGAGUUUACUAAGUACAAAAGGCAGAUGGAGGAAUGGGAAAUGAAGACUAAAUCAGAACACAGUGAAAGGAUCUCAGUAAUAUCCAAGGAGAUGCUGUCAAUGAAAAGUGACUUUGAAACCAAAAUUAAGCAACUGACAGAUGAAGCAGAUUCUCUUAAGAAAGAGUGCAAGGUGUCUGAAAGAGAUAAAGCAAUGGAGACAUUGAAUGAGAAACUGAAUGCAGAGGUACAAACAUUAAGCCAGGAAGUGGAGAACCUUAAAAGCCAUAACCAAAAACUUGUAGAGGAACAUGACCUGAAGAUCAGUAAACUGCACACUAGUUACAGCAAGGAGAGGGAAAACCUGAGAAAGGCUCUGCAGCAGUCAGUGACGGAGAUGAUCAAGCAGCUACAACAGAAAGAGCAGGAACAGAAGAGAUGCUCUCAGGCCAAAGAGGCAGCCAUGGAACAAGAACUCAAGCAGCAAAAGGAUGAAAUACGGAUCAAGGAACAGGAGCUUAAAGACAUGACUAAGCAUUUGCAGAAGAUAAAAGAAAGGAUGCAGGACGUGGAAGUGCAGUUGCAACAAAGAGACCAAGAAGUGAUGGAAUCAAAGUCUAAACAAUCACAAGCAGAAGAUGAAGUCUCCGUUGCAAAAGACAGACUGCUGCAGCAAGAGAAUGCAAUUCACAGCCACAUAGAACAGAUGAAAAUGAUGGCAAGUGCACAAACAGCAGCUGCCAAUGAAAUUGCAGAGUUAAAGCGCCAGUUGGUUCAGCUGCAGCAGCAGAAAACUCCAACCAAAACUGGAGCAUGCAGGAAAGAACACUCAGAUUCCUUCUCCUCAAAACAGCCUCUGAAAGAAUACGCUGCUCAGAAACAAGAGAUCAUGAGGCAGCACCGAGAAGAGAUCGGCAGAAUUAAACGGCAGAAAGAUGAAGAAAAGAAACAUCUGAAAGAGCAGCUGGUGAAGAGCCUGGAAGAUUUAGCCAAGAAUCACGCCACUGAGAUUAAAGCAAUGAAAACAGAAAGAAUACGAAUGCAGAAAGAACAACAAACACAACUGGAAGAAAUGAAAAAGAAGUAUGAGCAGCAGAUAAAUCAGUUGGUAGAGGAGCGAGAAACCCUUUGUGCAAAACACCAACACGUUACAUUUCAGGAUCAGCCUGAAUUAUGCAGCUCCCUUUCAUUAAAUGAUGAAAUCAAAGACAGCAUAAAACCACCUUCAGAGGUGUUAAAUACUGAACAAACACAAUGUGUCUGUAUUUGCCAUUCUACAACAGAAGAUCAUCAAGCGAAUAUGCUUCCAGUUCAACAGAAGAAGCUAGCAAAAGAUCCACCUAAGAGUGCCUUGGAAGAGGUGAAAGAAGAACAGUCUCAAAACCAGAUCAAGAAGCUCAACAAGGAACUUCAUAAGUGUGAAAAAGAAAUGUCCGGGCUGGAAAAGGAAAAUUCAAUACUGAGAGAUUCCGUGGAGCAACUUAGCAAAGAGAUUAUGAUGUCAAAGCAAGAAUUGCUGGGUUUACAGGAGAAGCAAAGCAGAACCAAUGAAGAACUGAAGUUGAAGCAGAAGUCAGAACUUGACAAAAUAAUGCAAAACCAUCGCCAGGAGAUCCAGACUAUAGUGUCUAAAUUCAGCACCACACAGACAUUUCUACAGUCCAAGAUCAUUUCCCUGGAAGCCGAACUUAAAGAAGCAGAAGAUAAGGCGCAUAAGCUUCCUAGGCCAGAAGAUUUACAUCUUAUAAACCGCUUGCAGGACAGAUUAUCUGAUAAGGAUCAAGUCAUAAAAGAGCUCAUGGAAAUACAAAAAUAUGACCAAAUGGAGGAGAUGGAGACCCACAGAAGUCAGUCAUUUUCCUGCAACCCCAGGGAAGCAGGAAGUUUAACCCCAACACUAAAGAAAAAAAAGAUCAGUGAAGUACCCACUCGUGUUACCAGUGUUCCAAACCUGGCCGAUUAUGAGAAAUCUUUUUCGGAAAUAUCAUCCAAGAAAGGAAUCAACCCCAUGAGAAGCUCCCAAAGUUUAGAUCAAAGUGUGAAACCUGGCUACCCCUUCAAACACCCAUCUCUUCUACUAGAUGUCAUCCGGCCAAACAGGAGGAAUCCUGGAGGUGUACCGGCAAAGAGAGAAACAAAGGAACAAGAGUCCAAGAGGCCAGAAUGGCUUGCCAAAUACUUUUCUUUCUGAGAGCAGGGUAAAUGGAAAUAGUGAAAUGAUGAAGCUGUCUCAUACUCUAUGCACAUAUUGCUGUGUGGAUUGUGCUCUUAUGUAAAAUAAAACACCAAGUAUUGUUUACAUUUAAUUCUUUUGGAUUGCUGCUAAACGCUUCCUGUGAAUAAAGGCUGUGUUGGUG